AAUAAUCAAAAGUCUCCUUUUCCAUUGCUCUUGCUCGACGACCACGAGACUAGUCCAAGGGGCUCAGUCGGCCGGCGGCGAACAUGGCGGCGGCGGCGGCGGGCGGUGGCCGCGCGGCGGAGGGUCUGGGGGGAGCCCUCCGGCCCUUCCACGACAGGGCCUCCGACGCCGAGACACGUUUAGCAAAGCUGGAAGCCUUAUUAUUGAACAAAGAUGUCCUGACAAGUGGUUCCGAGACGAAUUCAUCUGCCAUGAAAGAUCUUCAGUCAAAGCUUGAUGCAGCUAACACAGAAUGUCUUACUGAAAAGGAGAAGAAUAAGAAGCUAAUCAUAGAGAACGAGAAGCUCCAGUAUCGUAUCGCCCAUCUUAUCCGUGCAUUGAAAGAAGCAGAUUCAAGAUAGAGGCCUGCUAAGGACAAGGUGGAUUUACUAAACUGGUUUUGUGUCUUCUGAACUGUGCUGCAUGUUCUUAGCACCAUCCUUGAAUUUAGCCCGAAUUAUUCUGGCAAUCUGAUUAAAGCUAUGUAUUGAUUUCAAAUGUUGGAAACAUAAUUUGAACUGUUUGUAUUUUCACCAUUAAACCAAAUUGCGUGUGACUGCCUGCCAUCCUCCCAUCUACAAGAUUGCUUUUCAGUGUUGAACAGUGAAAAACUACUGCUAUUCAACUCACUGUACGGUUGAC